AUGGUGCACUAUUUUUAUCCAAUCAAGUCUGAAGAUCCUAUGAAUUUGUUUGAGAACUUCGGGGAUAGAGCUCCUAACAGAAUUUAUGACUCUCACAUCCUGUACCUGAUACUAUCACAGAACCCUUCUGACAGAGUAAAUACACACGGAACGCAACUGAAGAGAAAGGCAGAACAUUUCUGGUUUGUUAGUCACGACUAUCUCACACAGACAUCCAGGGACACUGUGGACCUUGUCCGUCCUCGGCCUCACUGGAAUGACUGGUUUGGCCAUCCCAUGGCUGUUUGGGAACUUGCCAUGAAGUUCCAUCUCCGGGUCACGUGGUGGAAGAAACAGCUGACUCCUGUUAUUCGACAUGGGAAAAAAGUGAUUCGAAUGUCUCUUCUGCAAAUGACGAGAAAGCAUCACGAUUUCAUGUGGAUGAAAAAGCUUCACAAUGAAGAAGACCAUUCAGAAUCAUCUGCUGUCGAGCAGCCAUCAACUUCUAACUCAACAGCACACGCUGUGGGAGCUGCUCCUUCAGCACCAGCCCUGGAAACCGACUCUGCGCCUCCACCCUAUAGUAGCAUUACUGUUGAAGUACCUACAACUUCAGAUGCUGAAGUUUACAGUGAGUUUUACCCCGUGCCACCUCCAUACAGUGUCGCUACCUCUCUUCCUACAUACGAUGAAGCUGAAAAGGCUAAAGCUGCCGCCAUGGCAGCCGCAGCAGCAGAAACACCUCAAAGAAACCAGGAGGAAGAGUGUACACCAAGAGAUGACUUCAGUGAUGUAGACCAGCUUAGAGUAGGCAAUGACGGCAUUUUCAUGCUGGCAUUUUUCAUGGCAUUCAUUUUCAAUUGGCUUGGAUUCUGCUUAUCCUUCUGUAUCACCAACACCAUAGCUGGAAGGUACGGUGCCAUCUGUGGAUUUGGCCUCUCUCUGAUCAAAUGGAUCCUUAUUGUCAGGUUUUCUGACUAUUUUACUGGCUAUUUCAAUGGACAGUAUUGGCUUUGGUGGAUAUUUCUUGUACUUGGCCUGCUCCUAUUCUUCAGAGGGUUUGUUAAUUACCUAAAAGUCAGAAACAUGUCUGAAAGUAUGGCAGCUGCACACAGAACAAGAUACUUCUUCUUACUAUAGAGAUUGCAUCAAGCCAACAUUCCUUUCUUAUACCAAUGUGAAAUGUCCACGUCAUCUGUAAACCUGCAGCUUUGCUAAGAUAGAAGACUGCUGAGAGCAGAAGAAAACUUAGAGAGAGGUGGAGCUUCAACAUGAAAUGGCAGGGUGGUUUAAGCUUAAAAGCCAUUCUGCUCAUUGUUUAAUUAUCUGUAUUUCAUUUAUUUUGCACAUUUGUAUAUGUGCCUAUUUAAAAGAUACGCAUAUACUUGAAAGAAUCCAUAAAGUUGUUGCAGCAAAGUCCGGUCACACUUGGUUAAUCAGUGUUUGAUAUAAUUGGAAGAGUUGAGUGAUAAACACUUCCAGCAUGUAAAUGCUUCUAACUUGACCACUAGUGUAAUAAAAAUUACAUUAUUAAUCUUGUCAAAUGCUUUAGUUUCUGGCUCUUAGAUUCAUUUGGUAUUUCCAAACAUGAAAUAUUCUUUGCUAUAGAUAAUGUUUAUUAAAACUUGCAGUGUGAUUAUUAGAAAAGAUUUGUCAAAUUUUUGAGUAUGAUAUUAUUUAGGGAAACUGUAAAUAACCAUGCAUAAGUUGCUUUUUACAUUCUUUUCUUAGAAUUGUGUCUAGAUUUCUUUUCAUUAAUUUAAAAUUAAGUAAACUAAAUAUAUAGAAAUAAACUUUGUUCAAGAUAGAGUGGUUUCAGAUGAACUUUAAGAAAAUGAGUAAACCAAACGUUGUUUAAAGAAAAGCUAAGCGGCAAUACUAGUUUUAGGGGUUUUCAAAUGAGAAGCUUACAUUUAAGGAUUACUCACCUUAGCAGUUCUUACAAGAAGAUAUUACAUUAGAUCUUAUAUUUAUUUACAUCUAAGACAAUUCAAAAAAUUGAUUUAUCAAAUAUUCUCAUUUGCAUUUGUCUUUUAAAAGCCAAUAAAAGUAUCUUUCAAUAUUACUGUAAUCAUUUUUUUCUUUAAAUGCUUAGUUUGUUAAACUUAGCAAAUAAAAUCCUGUUCUGUUAAUAGCACCUUGCUUAAUGAUUGCAAGAUUAAUUUAUAAAAACAUACAAGCUGAAUUGAGAUAACUCAAAAUACAUACUUACAUACUUUGAUGUUAUGAAGUAUAUCUGAGAUGUAGGGGUCUUGAGUGUCUGUGUGGUGAGUGCGUGCAACCAUUAAUCCAACUGGAAUCGGCUUUCACGUCCAUAGCUAUAGUGCUUGGUACUGUACGAAUCACUCUGUCUCCUGUGGUUUUCAUUUUUAUUGUAGCUUUUGAACACCAACAGUAAAGAUGAUAGAAAUUAGAUCACUGUAGAAAUGUCAUUUGAUAUAGCUAUAAAGAACAUACAAAUUGAUUGCUAGACACUAGGACUAAAAGGUACAUCUAACUAUUCAGGACCAUUUUUCCAGUUUUAAGGAAAAAUAAAAUUUACUAUGUUUUAUUA